AUGACUUUCCGACCUACGAAUACCGCCGAGAUUAAUACCGAGAAUAGGUUAAAGAUCGUCAAGGUCGCAACAAGUUUCGACCCGGUUUUCAGCAAGUUUAAAACUGGCAGGAUUGUGUUUCCAUUCGUUGAAACACUCUUACACAAUGGUGGGAAAAAAGAUGUGAACGAACGCCGAACCAAUACCGCUUCCUCCUUUUGGUUUUUAAUGUGA